AUGGUUAAAAAUCCACACCCUCCACUUCAUGACUAUCAACAGCCAGGUGACCUCUUCAUUGGUGGAAUUGUUUCCCAGAGUAUCAUCGUCUCCAAUUUCAUACCUUUCACAGAAGUACCACCACAGACUCUGCAUGAAGAGCUUCUAGUAAAAGUUGGACAGGUUGACCCCCAAGGUCUUCAGGGCAAUGUAUUCAGCAUCAAUGAGAGUGCCGUAACGUGGCACAGCUGGUUUAAUCAGGCAAAGCCUCAUUCUGUAUGUAGUGAAAGUUGUCGUCCUGGUUUUAGCAAGAAAGUGAAGGAGGGGGAUCCAUUUUGCUGCUAUGAUUGCAUCCUAUGUCCAGAAGGGAAAAUUUCAGUCAAAGACGAUAUGAACGACUGCUCUAAAUGCAGUGACGUAAGCUAUCCAAGCAAGAAUCAAGAUUCCUGUGUUCCCAGACUGAUUUCCUUCUUGUCUUACAAUGAACCAUUGGGGAUGGCUUUAGCCUUUUUUGCGCUUUUCUCUUCCUUGAUCACAGCUCUGGUGCUAGCAGCAUUCAUGAAGCACCGCAGCACUCCCAUUGUCAAAGCCAACAACCGGAGUCUCACCUACACCCUCCUUGUCUCCCUCUUGCUCUGCUUCCUUUGUUCAUUGCUGUUCAUUGGCCAGCCACAGAAGGUGACAUGUCUUCUCCGACAAACUGCUUUUGGAAUCAUAUUCUCAGUGGCUGUUUCUUGUGUGUUGGCCAAAACCACCACAGUGGUCCUGGCUUUCAUGGCCACCAAACCGGGAUCCAGCCUGAGGAAUUGGGUGGGGAAGUCAUUAGCUGACUCCAUUGUUCUUUCCUGCUCAUUUCUCCAAGCAGGCAUUUGCUUUUUGUGGUUGGUAACUUCUCCCCCAAUCCAAGAUGUUGACAUUCAUUCAGUAAGAGAAGAAAUUAUAUUGGAGUGCAAUGAGGGACCUCUGACAUUCUUUUACUGUGUUUUGGGCUAUAUAGGCUUUCUGGCCAUUAUCAGCGUCAGUGUGGCUUUCCUUGCCAGAAAGUUACCUGACAGUUUCAAUGAAGCCAAAUUCAUCACCUUCAGCAUGUUGGUCUUUUGCAGCGUUUGGUUAUCCUUUAUCCCAUCCUAUCUGAGCUCCAAGGGAAAGUACAUGGUAGCUGUGGAGAUCUUUUCUAUUUUAGCCUCUAGUGCUGGGUUGCUGGGGUGCAUAUUUGCCCCCAAAUGUUACAUUAUUGUGUUGAGGCCUGAGCUGAAUAACAGGGAACAGAUAAUAAGAAGGAAAGCAUGA